CUGAAAGUAACAACAAGAAGAAGAGGAAACAAAGGAAAGCUCCAGAGACAGGACAAAACCCAACUCUCUCUCUCUUUGUUUUUGUCCAUUCCUAGCCAUUAGUUUUUCCUUUCAAGCCACUCUUUUCACAUGCAUAUAUAAAGUUCAAUUCGAUCUCAAUUUCUUUUCAAAAAGAAAAAAGACCCAGAAAAAAAGAUCAGGAAUUUUUAUCCAUUAAGCAGUGGAAAGGAAGGAUUUUCUUUUUUCUGAAGGAGAAUGGCCAGUGGGGAUCUGGAGAGGGGAGGAGGAAGUAAUGGGAAGAACAGGGCAAAUAACUAUUACCAAUCAUCUUCUACAGGUCCAUACUAUAUGGAAAGUGCUGAAAAGCAAUGGACUUCGUGGCUUGUUCCGAUGUUUGUGGUGGCUAAUGUUGCUGUUUUUGUUGUGGUGAUGUAUAUCAAUAACUGUCCUAAGAACAAUCUGGGAUUCGAAGGGAGCUGUGUGGCUAAGUUUCUUGGCAGGCUUUCUUUUCAGCCUUUGAAAGAAAACCCUCUCUUUGGUCCUUCUUCUAAAACAUUGGAAAAAUUGGGAGCACUAGAGUGGAACAAGGUAGUGUAUGGCGAUCAAGGAUGGAGGCUUAUCACUUGCAUCUGGUUGCAUGCAGGUGUUAUUCAUCUGCUUGCAAACAUGUUGAGCUUGGUCUUUAUUGGGAUUCGCCUUGAACAGCAAUUUGGAUUUGUGCGAGUUGGGCUUAUCUAUCUAUUGUCUGGAUUUGGUGGGAGCAUACUAUCUUCUCUUUUCAUUCAGCGUAAUAUUUCUGUUGGUGCCUCUGGUGCUUUAUUUGGUCUUCUUGGAGCAAUGUUAUCAGAGCUUUUGACUAACUGGUCUAUCUAUACAAAUAAGGCUGCAGCUCUCAUCACACUCGUAAUCAUCAUUGCCAUUAACUUGGCCGUAGGAAUUCUUCCUCAUGUUGACAACUUUGCACAUAUUGGAGGUUUCUUGGCUGGCUUUCUCCUUGGGUUUGUUUUGCUGCUCCGUCCCCAAUUUGGGUGGGUGGGACGUCAGCAUCUUCCUGCUGGUGCUCGUGUAAAAUCUAAGCACAAGGCAUACCAAUAUGUUUUCUGGUUGAUUGCUGUGGUUUUACUCAUUGUUGGUUUCACAGUUGGGUUGGUAAUGCUGUUUAGAGGAGAGAACGGAAAUGACCAUUGCAGCUGGUGCCAUUACCUGAGUUGUGUGCCUACAUCAAAAUGGCACUGUGGAAACUAAUGCAAACAUUACGAAUACCACGAUACCUAGACUUGAUCUCGCUCACUAAUUCUUUCCUGAUUUCCCUUUUUUAUAGUUUAUUCAUUUGUUAAUUUCUUCGAGUUGGUAUUGCUUAUGUAUAUGCAUAGUUUUUGACUUCUGAGAUUAUAUAUCUUUGGACACCAUAGAAUCCGUUGUUAUAUAUUUGGGUAUAUAUAUAUAGAUAUUCUGAUUGUAUGCAAAUUUACCUACAGAUAAAAGCAUUUCUCUCUUUUUUCUUUUCCUGUAGUUGCAGCCAAAGAUGCUUUUUUCGUUUUUGUCCCUGCCGAAGCCAGUGCCAAGGAUUUCUCUGUUCUCUUUGCCUACGUGCAUACCUUUAAAUGACAGUUUAGUUCCAAGUGUAAUUCAGAAACCCUUUUCUUUCUUCAAGUAACCAUGGAAAAAACAAAGAAAAUCACUUGGCAAACGGGUAAAGCAAACCUUCACUGUGAUAACCAAACUACACGACAAAAGCAGCUGACGGAUGCUGCAUCAAACAGUACCUGUUGUGUAAAUCUUCAGAUAUCUUUGAACUUCCAAACAACCAGAGGCAUUGUACCAACAAUUGCUGCCCAUUGAGCAAACCCACUGCUCUGAUCAGAACAUGGCCACAUGGCACCUACAGGAAUGCAUGGCCUUUGGCACUCUGCCAUAGGACAUCCGCUGCCUGCUCUCCAAUGGAGACAUUUCAAUGCGAGGUGUACUGUUUGUUUUUGACUUUCUGCAUACGAUGCCGUAUUUCCGUAAACCUGACUGGGAUUUUGGGUCAGCUUAGUACACCCACCGACAUCAUCGACCGAAAAUCUUCCAGUACAAAACCUUUUGUCUAUGUAAUCUUGAGUGGGGCAUCUUCAAGUACCCGUCUGCGUCAUAAAUUCCAUUGAUUGUUUUCGUU